AUGCGUGAGGGCCCCCUGGCCUGCAAGCGGGGCGAAAAGGGUUGUCGUAUUUUGUUCGCGGCUCUUGGAUCUGAGGGCUCUGAGACAAUGCAGACCCUGGCGAUCCUCGUCGCCCUCCUGAGCCUGCCUGCGGUGGGUACCUCGAACGCCACCCACAAGGUCAGCCCGGGCGAGUGCCACUGCGGGUGUUGUGCGCCGGUGGCCUCUGGCGAGAAGGCGUGCACUGCCCCCGUGGGAGCAUUGCACAGCACCACCAAGACAGACAUGUGUCGCACCGUGUACUGCACGGACCCGUCGGACACGACAGGCGCGCAGAAUCAGGCAUGGAGCAGCUUCUGCAGUGGUGCGUGCUUCCCACACCCAGAGGUCGGGUCUACGUGCUUCCGAAGGCGUGCGAGGAUGCGGGCGUCAACGUGCACUGCCAGUGAGCAGGGUCGAGCUCACAGCUUGCUGCCACCGCUUGACCCAAGAGGAAGAGGUGAUGGAUAG